CACUGACAGUUUCCUGAUCCAGACACGCACCUAGAGCAGCUCGGCACUUGUCUUACAGUUCCGGGCCAGAGGUGAAAUUUUGUAGUGUCUUCAGAUAACUUGGAGGGGAGAACCCUUGAUUUAUUCUGUCAAGGUUGAAAUUCAGUCAGUCGAGAUGAAUUUACUCCGCGCGGGUCAUCCGUCUCUUGAUCUCGGGGGCCCAGUAGACAUGGACUCUCUGAUCCCGGGCGCUACUGCGCCGUCUUCAAAAUUUUUACCAUCACAACGACAACGUUCCCCAUUUGCAAUUCAAGACAUUCUAGGCCUAGGAAGGCAGGAAAAUCGAACAUGUUCGUAUCAAAAUGACCCUAUGAGCAGCAUGAUGACAUCGUCUGCGGCAUAUUCGAAUCUGGCUAACCGGAUGCUAUUUAAUUCUCGGACACCGUGUAUGACCACCGAACCAACACCGCAAACAUGGCGGCCAAGCUUUGCGAACUAUCCUACAACAGAUCAAAGUUAUAACUUGUUUAGAUUCGGAAAUACGACAGACAUUCAUCAUCAAAUGGGAAUGACUGGAAUGACAGGAAUGACAGGAAAUCAGGUAUGUUCGGAGGAUGACAGGUCAGAGGUAAAUGGCUACGCCAACGUUGACGGCAGCAACAGAAAGAAAAAGAAGCGGAGACGGCAUAGGACCAUCUUCACCAGCUAUCAAGUGGAGGAACUCGAAAAAGCCUUCAAAGAUGCUCAUUACCCAGAUGUCUACGCCAGGGAGGUGCUCUCACUAAAAACGAAUUUACCCGAGGACCGAAUACAAGUGUGGUUCCAGAAUAGACGGGCGAAAUGGCGCAAGACGGAGAAAACAUGGGGGAAAUGUAGCAUUAUGGCGGAAUACGGGUUGUACGGGGCGAUGGUGCGGCACUCCCUCCCCCUACCAGAAACUAUUGUCAAGUCAGCCAAGGACCGGGACGUGAAGGAUAGUGUAGCCCCCUGGUUGCUCAGCAUGCACAAAAAGUCAAUAGAAGCAUCACAGCGACUGAAGGAACAGGAACUAGAAGAGGGUGAAGCGGAAGGAGCUCCAGUAAGAAAACAUGAGGACUUCCGGUCUGAGAGUAUUGCUAACCUAAGAGCAAAAGCGCAGCAGCACAGUGCGAAGCUGAUGGACGUUAUUGGGACUUUAUCAGGUGAUACGACGUCAUGUCAAAUGGCGGCCAAUAUCAAUUCGUGCAGCGCGACACUGCAGUGCUUAAAUCCUUCACAGACUGUACAGUCGGUUGUUGCGAACGCUAUGUCAUCCCCAUCGAGAUGAUUCGAGGAUGAAUGAACAAUUUGGCCGAAUGUUUGAAUCAUAAUGGGUGUCCAAUAAGACUAAAGAAGGCUUGCGUACACUGAAGCAAUAUUUUAUUCUGUUGGAUCAAAACCUGAAUAAAGAGCCCUGUGCUAACCAUAGUUUAGCAUACUGCAAACCGUAAAGCCUCUUUGUUUUCAAGUCUCGCGAAUAUUUCUUUUCGAUUUUUAUCUUCACGAAUAACGCUUGCAAAAAUUUGGCUGAUGUCAGUACACUUUCGGCAUUGUUUAGUGUGACCCGUAUUUCAAUGUUUUCCGUCAAAAAGUCUUGGCCAGAAAUCAUGAUACAUUCUGCUCGUGUGUGUGUUCUAGUCAAAACAUUUCAAGAUACCCACAGUAAGAUGAGGAAAAAAAUAUAACUCUUCCUUAAGGGCUGAACUAAGUUGCCUAUCGAACUUUAUUACCCAUUGGAAAUGCUGGAUUAGAGACUGUCUUAAAACUAUGGUGUGUUUGGGUGAGGUAUGGAGUUUUUGCCACGAGUUACAAAACAUAGUCUUUGUUGCGGUGAUUUUGGUACCAGUGUUUUAAAAGUGAAAGGGCAAACCAGUCAGGUUUUCUUCAUCAUUUGACUUGCUUGCUAUUUAUUAAUGGCGAUAACUCUUUCUUGAAGUUGAGUUUGGUAAACGGUCACAGGGUGUACCUUUGUCUUAAACGAGUGUUUACUAUAGACAAUCAAUUGUGUACGUAUAAUAGUUGUAAGGUGGAUUAUUUCAACAGUAUUCUGAUUUAAGUGGGAAAUUUAGUGUAUAUUUUAAGUUGAUUGCAGGUAUAAAAACCCUUCAAAAGAAUUUGUAAAUAAACCAAAGUGAAAUGACGACGUACAAUGUUUAUGGUUUUGUAAUAAAAAA